AAGGGGUAGGUGACUGGGGUGGUACUGACCGGUACUGACCCGUUUAGUAAUCCGCGGUACCGACAGUGAGAUGCAUUUUAGCAGUCCAUCAAUACUUCCUCCAAUUGUGCGCGUAAUUGUUGCCAGGGAGAAGUGUUGUAACAAGCCGUUGUUUAGUAAUGGCCGCUCCUUGGCGGUUGUCUGACUCCACUAUUUUGGCCCUUAGUCGUCAUGUCGCAGUAUAAUCUAAGGAAAUUAACGAUGUCAGAUAUUAGUUAUUCUAGUUUAAAAAUUUCUCAUCAAGUAAGGGAAAGCGAGGAAAAGAAAGCUUUAGAAAAGAAACGGCAGCUACUGUAUCUUGUUCUACAUUACCUCAAGGAUGAAGGGUUCUUUGACACUGCCGAGUGCUUGAGUAAUGAAGCACACCUUACAAAUCAGUAUCAGAUUUGUGACAACAUUGAUUUGGGAAUCAUUGUUCAGGACUUUGAAACUUAUUAUUAUGUACGCUUUCAAAAGUAUCCCAAAAUAUGUAAGAAAAUAUGUGUGGAAGAAAACAGGAAGAAUAUGCAAAAAAAGACACCCUAUCCAGAGAAUGAAAUUCAAGACACUACAAAACCUCGCACAACCAGUGUGCAAAAUGAGAUCCAAAAAGAAAGUAAAUUACAUGUUACAAAGUCUUUUGGAAAAACCUCAAGUAUUGGUAUACAGAAAACUAUCAAGAGAAACACUCCUCUAUCAGACUUGAAUCUGACAGUGUUACCUAUAACGCAUGAAGGAUUCACAAACAUGGAAACUGACAGGACACAAAGUAAUGUGCAGGAUAGUAGCUCUGAAAAGCUGUUAAAGCCUCAAUCAGGAUAUUCCAACUACAAUGCUGAAUGGAAAGAAUUUGCUGAAAUUAUAUCAAAGGAAAUUUGUGUAAUGAAUCACAAUGUGCAUUGGAAUGAUAUCAUGGGAUUGGAAGAGGCUAAACGUCUGCUGAGAGAAGCCGUAGUAUAUCCAACAAAAUAUCCAGAGUUAUUCUCUGGAGUUCUAGCACCCUGGAAAGGUGUCCUUCUGUAUGGACCACCUGGUACUGGUAAAACCCUACUGGCUAAAGCUGUUGCUACUGAAUGCAAGACAACAUUUUUCAACAUCUCGGCAAGUUCUAUUGUAAGCAAGUGGAGGGGAGAGUCUGAGAAACUAGUGAGAGUGAUGUUUGAACUGGCCAGAUAUCAUGCUCCAUCCACAAUAUUUCUGGAUGAGCUGGAUGCGCUUGCAUCUCACCGAGAUGCUUCACGUGAACAUGAGGGGUCAAGACGUCUCAAGGCUGAGCUUCUGAUUCAGCUUGACGGACUAGCACAUAGCGAGGACAAGAUCUUCUUUCUAGCUACAUCCAAUCUUCCAUGGGAACUGGAUGCAGCUAUCUUACGACGCUUGGAGAAGAGAAUUCUAGUGGAUUUACCAAAUGCAGAAGCUCGCCAAUCAAUGAUUCAACACUACCUGCCAUAUGUAGUAAUAGAAAGGCCUGCAUUGCUGUGUCAAAUGGACUAUGGGUUGGUGGCGCAUGCAUCAGCUGGCUAUUCAGGUUCAGACAUCAGAUUGGUGUGCAAGGAAGCAGCCAUGAAUGCACUGCGGGAGGCUUUCUCUGUUCUUGAAACAUGUCAAAAUGAUGAAAGUAUGCCAAAUUUGAAGCUGAAAAAUAUAACAACUGAGGAUCUGCAAAGUGCUCUGAAAAUCACAAAACCUUCAGCUGUGCACCUUGCACCACGUUACCGGAAGUGGAAAUGUGCAUUUGGCUCCACUUAAAAGGAUCUCAUUCAACUGAGAAUUUCUUCCAAAAAAAAGUCUGCACCUGUACUGAUGUAGGUCAAUAUUAUUCACUAGAAUUACGAAGAGAUGACAAACGACUUACAGAAUUCAUUCUAGGUUGUUACUAGGAAAGUGUAUGUGACGAGUUAUUACCCUUACUGUACCAAAUAUCUGUAAAUACACUUCUAUAUAUUUAUGUAUGACUGUCUGAAUAUAUGAGAAAGUGAACCAUAAUACAUGUCUUCAUAUCUCUCUGCCAGUUCUUCAAUCUUUAGUUUAUCAUAUGAAUUUUUCGACAAGGAGGCUAUUUUUUUCCCACAGAUAUUUUUGGCUUAUUUUCUGUCAGUAACUAUGCAGCACCGAAUGGCAGAAAGACUAGUGAACAAUGAAUUGGAGAGGAUUUGGAAGGAGGUAGUCAUAGGCUAAUCAAGUAUUAUCCUAGCAUUUACAUGGAGAGAUUGAUGAAAACCACGAAAAACCUGGGUCAUGACCACCACUGUCUCUGCUGAGAUUUGAACCAAACAACUCCAAAAUUUGGGUCUAGAGUGUUGCUGCUAUAUCACACUGCUUGGUCCAUAUUUAUUAACAGGAAUAGAAAAAUGGACCUAUUAUUUUGUCAAAAGAGUAUCAUUUUAAUUUCUUACAAAUGGCCAUCCAAAGAACUGUCAAUUAGGUCUCUCCAUGGAAUUGUUUCCAAGUUACAGCAACUUCUGUUGUGUCCAAUACACCAAACAACUGAAAGUUUUAAGAACUUUAGACUGUCUCUACAAAAGUAUCUGCUCUAAGAAUCUUAUAACAUAAUUUAUUUCUUCUAUUGUUUCAAUAGUUUCAUUGAGUUUAAAAAACUGGUAAGGGUUAAGAAAAUACUGUGCUUUCGUACUGUCUCGUUUGGAACACCAUGUCUGAAACAUUCAAAUACUGUCACCUUUCUUAUAAGAUAUCCAUAUACCACUAUUCAAACUAUUUUAAAAAUGUCCACAAAUACACUGUGUCCCAACAAAUUGUAACCCACUGUCAUACUUGUCAUAUUAAAGUCACAAAUGAUCCAAAGCACACCGACACAUUUAAAACAGCACUGAAAGGAACAGCAUGCUUCUUAUAUUGGUGCUGGUGGAAUAGUAGCACAGGCAGUUUCAAUUUUGUGACUCAGGUCCCGGAGUACUCUUGGUUCUGUAGCAUAGUGUUCUUUGCGGUACCCCAAAGGCAAAGGCUACAGGUGUUAAGUUAGGAAAUUGAGGUGCAUACUCAACACUUCCUUCUUGUACCACCCACCUUUGGGGAAAUGAACACUCGAUAUCACCUUCUAGCAGGGUGUACCAGUAUUUUGUGCCAUGCUCUUCUUUCAAAUUUCAAACCUUAUAUUAAUUCAAAACACUAUCACUGUGUCCCUUUUGUUGUAACUGACAUCACAUAACCUAGGUAGCCGACCAAGGCUCAGUGGUAGAGCAGACCAUGUCAUCCUCACCUGUGUUAUUAACACCCAUAUUGUGCACGCAUUUUAAUAUGUCACUUCAAAUGCAAUCAUUGUAAGAAUUCAUUAUAGCAACAAAUAAAUAAAAUAACACCUACAAUUCGCAUUCUAUUAUAGCACUUUUGGGAUCUGCUCCUCUUUCAUUUUUCCUAGAUAUUCGUACCAAUUUUCCCAAUAUUCCUUAAUUACAGAUAGCAAUGAGUUCAUCUGAAGAUCUUGUCCUAUGAAGGGUUCUAUCUUCUAGAAUAUAAUGCUGUAUAGUUCAUUGGAAGUCAACAGACACUUUAGAGGAACAUGUUGCAUCCAUCUUCAGGGAUGAAGCCAGACACCCAGCAAGAAUCCAAUGUAACAGGCAACAAGCAAAGCAAGUGAUUAGCAGAAGUUUAGGGUAAUAUAGAAACAGAAGGAUCAUAGAAACCAAUCCAUCAGUUCCUUCUGCCUCUUUCAGAGAACAAGGGUGAAUCAAGAGUAGACAAGACAAGAGUAAGUAGGUAUUGGUCACGCCAUAGCUCAAGCGGUUAGUCGCAUGCUUCCCACCACGACGGCCCAGGUUCGA